CCAAGAUGGCGGUGGUAGCUUCUGCCCGGUGGCUGCGGGUUCGCAGUGGGCUUCAGCUGCCGCAGACUACUCGACUUGCAAGUGUGUGUGCACGGGCACCCAGUUGCAGAUUUUAUUCUGGAAGUGUAGCCCUCCCAGAGGUUGAAGGAACUGAGAUAACAGGGAUUGAUGAAGUAGUCAUUCCAAAAAGGAAAACUUGGGAUAAAGUGGCUGUUCUUCAGGCGCUUGCAUCCACUGUAAAUAGGGACCCCACAGCCGCCCCUUACACAUUUCAAGAUGACCCUUACCUCAUACCAUCGUCGUCUGUGGAAUCUCGUUCAUUUUUAUUGGCAAAGAAGUCUGGGGAAACUGCAGCAAAGUUUAUUAUUAAUUCACAUCCCAAAUAUUUUCAGAAGGACAUAGCUGAACCUCAUAUACCGUGUUUAAUGCCUGAGCACUUUGAACCUCAGAUUGAAGACGUAAGUGAAGCUGCCCUGAAGGAACGUAUCGGACUCAAAAAAGUUAAAGCCUCUGUGGAUCUGUUUGAUCAGCUCUUGCAAGCAGGAACCACUAUCUCUCUUCAAACAACUAAUAGUCUCUUGGAUUUAUUGUGUUACUAUGGUGACCAAGAGCCCCCAGAUGAUUAUCAUUUUCAACAAAGUCAACAGUCUGAAGGAUUGGAAGAGGCUACAGAGGAAAAUAAUGAAACAUCUAAGACGAAGGCUGAUCAUCCAAUUGGAGUUACUUGGAAAGUGAAAAACAAUGCUGAGAGAGUCUUCGCUCUAAUGCCAGAGAAGAACGCACAUUCCUACUGCACGAUGAUCCGAGGAAUGGUUAAGCACCGAGCUUAUGCACAGGCAUUAAACUUGUACACCGAGUUGUUAAAUAACAGACUGUGUGCUGAUGUAUACACUUUCAAUGCGCUGAUUGAAGCGAAAGCAUCGAUGAUUAAUGAGAAAUUUGAGGAAAAAUGGAAUAAUAUACUGGAUCUGCUGAAACACAUGGUGGCACAGAAGGUGAAACCAAAUCUGCAGACUUUUAAUACUAUUCUGAAAUGUCUCAGGAGAUUUCAUGCACUUGGAAGAGUGCCAGCCAUACAUACCUUACGUGAAAUGAAAGCUAUUGGAAUAGAACCCUCGCUUGCAACAUACCACCAUAUUAUUCAGGUGUUUUAUCAACAUGGAAGCUCUUCUAAAAGACCAUCUCUCAUCAUCUAUGAUAUAAUGAAUGAAUUAGCAGGAAAGAAAUUUUCUCCAAAGGACCUGGAUGAUGAUUUGUUUUUUCAGUCAGCCAUGAACGUUUGCUCUUCUCUCCGAGAUCUAGAACUUGCAUACAAGGUACAUGGCCUUUUAAACAUGGGAGAUAACCGGAAAUUCAUUGGACCUGAUUUUCGACGAAACUUCUAUUAUUCCAAGUUUUUCAAUUUGCUUUGUCUGAUGGAACAAAUUGAUGUCACCUUAAAAUGGUAUAAGGACCUGAUACCUUCCGUGUUUUUCCCCCACUCCCAAACAUUGAUAGCUCUUCUCCAAGCGUUGGAUGUGGCCAAUCGGCUAGAAAUGAUUCCUCAGAUUUGGAAAGACAGUAAAGAAUAUGGUCACAAGUUUCGCAGUGGCCUAAGGGAAGAAAUCCUAAUGCUUAUGGCAAGGGAUAAGCAUCCACCACAGCUGCAGAUGGAAUUUGCUGACUGUGCUGCUGAUAUCAAAUCUACAUACGAAAGCCAUGAUGCGAGGCAGACUGCUCCUGAUUGGCCUGCCAACAUUCUCAACUGUAUAGCUGUCCUCUUUUUACGGGCUGGGAGAACACAGGAAGCCUGGAAAAUGUUGGGGCUUUUCAGGAAGCAUAAUAAGAUCCCUAGAAGUGAGUUGCUGAAUGAUUUUAUGGACACUGCAAAAGUGUCCAACAGCCCUGCCCAGGCUAUUGAGGUUGUGAAACUGGCAAGUGCCUUUAGCUUGCCUACUUGUGAAACCCUUGCCCAGACAGUAAUGACGGACUUUGCAAUCAACCCAGAACAAAAGGAAGCUCUGGCCAACCUAAAUGCAUUGACCAGUGACAGUGAUAAUGGGAGCAGCAGUGACAGCGACAGUGAUGUCAGUGAAAACAAUUGAAAGUGAGAGAUGGCUUCGCCAUAGCUGUUGUGGAAUAUAUAACAAAGAGAGUAAGAUGAGGCAGAUUUAGGUCAGUUUGUCGCUGCACAGUAGAUACAAUGCUGACUUUACAUUGAGCUUCUAACUGAAGCUCAAUGUAAAGCAUCCAUUAACGCAGUGCACAAGGUUUUCCAUGUACACAGCAGCACUGUCGUUCCAGAUACGGACACACAUCCUGAGGUCCGAGGCUCCUGGUGGAGACACGCCCUGCACACCUGCAACCUUGGCGGGGAUUUUUCACUGUCAUCAUUUGCGUGCUGUUGCUCUGCAGCCGUUGUUGGCUUGUGUGCUGCUGUGGUGCUGGUCCUUCCUUGACUUUAGAGAUAAUUUAGAAAAGGUUCUCCUGCAAUUACAUCAAAAUUACUGUUGGAUCAGUAGUAUCCCAAUUUCAGUUGUAUUUAGAUGUGAAUAAUUACAUUUUAGGGUUGGUUAAAUGGGAUAAUGGCAGUUUGGGACUGCUCAAAUGGUAAAAUGAAGACAAGUAAAUGUACUAAUUAUUGUACAUAUGUAUUCUUGUUAUUUUAAAAAUUUCUAAUAAAGCGUUUGUUUGGGGUUGGGAGUGUUAGCUUGGUAGCUCUUGUUGAGGAUGCAUGAGACCUUGUGUUUUAUCCCCAGCACCACCAGAAAAAAAUAACUUUUUUGUUUAGUCUGUGCUGGCACCUUUUUUGGUACUAUACCUAAAGUGACCUAAAUGGGGGCUAGUGUUGACAAAAGGAUGCAGAAUGUCUUAAUAUGGUUAUAUGUUGCUGAUCAAGUUAGUAAAGACUUGUACUUGUCGAAUUUAUGUCUUUUAAAUGGUACUGGAAACCAGUAAGAAAUCUGAGGUUUGCCAGAGCAUUCUUAGAUUCGCAGACAUUUCUACUACAAGCUACUUUGUACAUGCAUGGUUCCUAGAUUUACUAAGGCACCUUGUGAGCUUUAUCUUCACCCUGCCACGGUUCACAAUUUAAGGGAUGCCUGUUACUUAUUAACCUGCUUUUCCAUCUACACUUACCAUCUUCUCUAGGCCAAAACUAACUGGAAACAUAGGCAUUUGGUUCUGUUUUCACAUAAAAUGUAAGGUCCUAAGGCAUCUAAUUGAAGGGCAAAGGGGGAAAAUGACAGCAAAUUUAGAAGACAACAAAAAGAGCAGUUACUCUUCAGAAGCUGGCUGCCUAGAAGGCUCUGAAUUUGGCCCCAUCUCUAUUUAGCUUAUCAGCGCCUGGAGUUGUCCGCUCCCUUAAGUACAUUAUUCCUGAGCUGUGUGGCACACCUCUUCCCAUCCAGGCCUUAACUGAAUCAUGUUGUGCUGCAGUUAGUGACACGGGACAUCCACCCAGACUGUCAACAUACCAAUUCGUGCAGGGCUUUCAUAGUGGGUGAUAGGUAGCUC